AUGAAGUUCACCGUCUCAGCUGUUGCCAGUCUUCUGGUAGCCGUCGCCAGCGCCAGCCCCAUCGAGGCUGAGUUGCAUGCGCGCAAGACCUACGGAACGACUUCCAACGAGUACACCCAGAACGGCUGCAACGAUGUUCUUCUGUUCUUUGCCCGUGGAACAACUCAGUCUGGCAACGUCGGUGACAUGCCCGGACAGCAGCUAGCCACGGCUGUCAGCGCAUACUACGGCACCAGCCUCUACGUCCAAGGUGUCGACUACCCGGCCAGUCUCGAUGGAAACUUCGAGGACGGACGCUGCCCGCAGGCGUACGCGGCGAAAUGGGGCACGCAGCUCGCCGGAGCCGCGACCAAGUGCCCCGACGCCGCCAUUGUCAUUGCGGGCUACAGCCAGGGCGCGGCCAUGGUGCACGCGGCGCUCAAGACGCUGACGACGGCCACGACGUCGCACAUUGUCGCCGCCGUCACCUUUGGCGACACGUACUACGAGCAGGACGGCAACAAGAUCCCCAACAUUGCGGCCAGCAAGACCAAGGUGUUCUGCAACGAGGGCGACCUCGUCUGCAACGGCACCCUCGACAUCACUGCCGCCCACACCAACUACCGCCCCAGCGUCCCCUCGGGUGCCGCCUUUAUCAAGCAGCAGGUUGAUGCUGCCAAGCUCUGGUAA